UCAUUUCAAUACGAAAACAUCAUACGUAAACACAUACAAGCGAGUUUUCUAUCAGAUUUUUAUACUUUUUUUUAUUUUUUUUAUAAAAAUACAAAUCAUUUUCAACAAAAAAAUUAAGCAACUAACUUCCCCGGUGAACAAAUCCCAUGUGAUAGCAAGCUAUUAGGAUAUUUUUUAUAAUUAACAUUUUUAUAAUUAAUUAAUCUGUAUUGAAAUUGAAAUUCAGCUAUUGUUAUGAAGCAAAGCAGCUCUUUCAAUAAACGCGGCCUUUAUCAUCUAUCCGAUGAAAAAUUUGUUAAAAGAAGGUCGAAACAUAGGGAGCCCCCUUCAGCGCUGCAAACAUAUAAAUUCAAGCCGUACACCGUUUGCAUGAAGCCAAAGGAAUUUCAUGUAUAUGAACUGCCGAUCGUGUUUAAAGUCACACCCGACACGCUGAUUAAUUUGACCGCUAAGGUAGUGGACGCAUUGCCGCUGCCGAAAAUUUACGAGUGGACGAAUUUGGAAUGCUGUAAGUGGAUGCGAGAAUAUGGCUAUCCGCAAUAUCAGAACACCUUACGUGCGAAUUUCAUAACGGGACGUAAACUCUUGCUGCUGGAUGCGAAAGCGCUAGUGGCGAUAAAUAUAAAACUCUUCAGCCACGUACAGCACAUAGCGGCUGGCAUUCGUGAUCUGUUUUUCUUUGAAAUGACGAAGUUUCUGCGCAGCAUUUCACUACCACCUGAAUACUACUAUGAAAUGCACAAAUUGUUCAAGGUGCAGACCGGUUACCGUUACCAUAUGACGCGACGCACUGACCUCUGGCGUCAAUUGCAAAUGUUGCGCAAAAAUGAUCAACCUGCGACACAUUGGGAUUUACUCGAAAGUUGGCUUCAACUCAAACCGAAAAAUGUGGAACUGAUAGCUGAUAUGCAUCGGCGAAAUCUUUACCGCUGUCCAAUAGUCUGUGAGAAAGAGGAGUCAGAAGCAUCUGAACUUGACUUCUGUAAAUGUCGUUCGAUUUGCACUUGUGAGUGGGCGACAAUUAGUUACAGGGGACCGACGGUGUUGACAGUACUGCGUUCGCAUCGUUUGCCGGCGAUUGACGGCCGUAUGAGCACUUGCAAGACCUGUCUGCCGCCCUGUACCUGUCAUUGGCCCGGUCGGUAUUUCAAAUCCAAUGAACUUCUGCAUUGCUUGAAGAGAAAUAUGCCGGUUAAAUAUGGCACCGAAGUGAGAACGACAAGUUAUGGUUCGAGCCCUUACAGAGGGAGCAUUGCAAGCUAUGGCAGCAAUAACAGUACUGUGCGUUUACUACUCCAUUAAGUAAAAUAUGUAAUUGUAAAGAAAUUUUCAAUAAAUAUUUGCAGAGGACUAUGUCGACACACUCGUAUGCUUUAGAAACUAAUAUUUAAUAACAAAAUAUUUAAGUCUCUCAUCAGAUACAGAAGAAA